GGUAAAAGAGAAGAAGUAAUUGUGUGGUAAUUAGGUUAUGAUUUAAGUUAUAACGAAUUUUUAAUAAAAAUGGCAUUCGCAUUAUCCACCGUGUUACAAAAAUGUAACAUCAGGAUAAUAGAAGAACGACUAUUCACAUUAAGCAUAACCUGCUCUACAUCUCAAAAAAGGUCAAUGGCUAAAUUAAAUCCCAAACCUAGACUCAGAAAUCCUACAUGGUUUACACAAAAAUCAAUAAAUAAAAGAGAUGAGGAGGUUACUCAAGAUAACGAACAAUUUGUACAAGAAGUAAUAAAAGAAAGAUAUACUGAUGUACCCGCAAAAGGAGAAAUUUCAACAGAUGUUGAAUGGACACCAGACCUGCAGAGAACUGGUGUAAUAGCUAGAAAAAUAGGAGUGUAUCCUUUGUGGAUGAAAAAUGGAAAACAAGUCCUAACAACGUUAUUGCAAAUAUUAGACAACCAUGUCAUAAAACAAUAUUCCCCAGAUGAAUAUGAUCCACCUAGGAAAUCUAUUGUAGGAAUUCGUAAUAAAAAAGCUUGUUUACUACUUGGCGCCGAGGGUGCAGAUCCUUCAAAUUUAACUAAAGAAUAUUGUGGUUUAUUCAAAGAUUCAGGGGUUAUACCCAAACAGAUAUUAGCUAGGUUUUUUGUAAGCCCAGAUGCUGUUUUACCUUUAGGUACAUUAAUUUCUGCUAAACAUUUCCAAGUAGGAAAUGCACUAGAUGUAAGGGCAAAAACAAUGGAUCGUGGUUUUCAAGGUGUAAUGAAACGUCAUGGUUUCAAAGGUAUGCCAGCAUCUCAUGGUGUAACAAAAACUCAUAGAAGAGGAGGAAACAUUGGAGGUGGUGGUGAAAAAGGUCGAGUUUGGCCUGGUACUAAGAUGCCCGGACAUAUGGGAAAUAGAUGGAGGGUAACAAAAGGAGUUGAAAUUUUAAGGAUAAAUACUAAAUACAAUGUUAUAUGGGUGAAAGGUCAAGCAAUACCUGGAGAAACGAAUUGUGUUUGUUAUGUUUAUGAUUCUAAAUUGCCAUUGAGGAAGCCUAAAAAUCCAUUGCCUUUUCCUACAUAUUUAGGAGGUGUGGAUGAAAAUGAACCUGAAGAUAUAUAUCAUGAAAGUAUACAUCCAUUUACUGAACCAACCAUAGUUUUUAAUGAAAAUAAAUAAUUAUGUUUGUUAAUUUAAAAUAUAGAUUUAUUACGAA